CUGCGCUGCAUAUAUAUAACCGAAAAUCCAUCUCUCGCCGUUAAAAUUCUGUCUUGUCGUUAUAUUCCACAAUGACGAGUCGCGUCGGAUGGUGGUGAAUCUCGGGGGGCGCGCGUAGUGUCGAAUUAGAAGUGCAUCGCGAAAUUUGCAUUAUAAAAUAAGCCGCCGAGCAGUGCGGAGCGAGGAAAGUUUUGCACGUCGCUGCCAGUACUACGACCGUAUAACGGGUUUUCUCGUAAGCCGCCGGCGUGCCGAGCACGUCUUCGUGUUUUGCAUGCGUACAAAUAUAUUAUACGUGAAUAGGAGCGAGGGUGUAAACAUUAUAGUCAUAUAACGUGAGUUUGUUGCGGGUUUCAAAGGGCCGGUGAUGCUUGACAAGAGCUCGACGAAGAUGAGUUUUCCGAUGCAGGACACCGUGAUCAGCAGUACUGUCACUGGGCUGCACGCGACGGCCUUCAUCGCCGAGAGCAAAGUGCAACAAUUUGUUUUUUCAUUUUCGGGUCACGCAGGUGGUACCCAAGAGUCAUCGGAUAAUAAUAGUGCCAAAGCAAUUACGGUGGAAGCAGAGGUGGUAUCGCCAAUAACUUGUCACUCCGUUGGAGAGACUACUCUUUUCUCGACUGAAAAGUCUCUACAGCAGUCGAAAAAUUGCUGCUCGUGGAGAUUGGACUUUCGCAAAGCCAUUUGUAAACUUGCCGCUAGUAAUGAUUACUUCGAUUUAAAGAGAUUUCUUUGCCUUUACACAGAGAAUAUUACUGAAGAUGUCUAUAACAAUAGACAAACAAAAAUUAAGGAACUACAAAAGGAUCUGAAUCAAAAAUUGUUAUUUUUCCAUUUUCACUGGAACAGUAUUAAAAAACAUGUGAGCGAUGAUAGUUUCUAUUACGAAUGCAUGGCAAUAAUUCUAAAAGCUUAUAUAGAUCUAGAACUUGAACUAUUCGAAAGCAAAUCAAACUCAGUUAAUGCUAUAACGGAAAAAAUUAUCAAUAUGUUGCAAAAUUACCUUGAAAAUAAUGAAGAUCAAAUCUUCAAAGUUCUGGUAAAUAGUAAACUUGCAACAUUGAAACACAGAUCAAUUUGUUUCUCAGUAUUCAAGAAAAUCUUUCUGAAAAUUCCUACGCAUCAAAAGCUUGUAGCAUAUAAGUACACAUAUUAUAUUAUUGCUUUGAAACUUUGGAAAUCAAUUUGUAAUGAUCAAGAAGAAAUUGAAGAAAUACAUUCCUUGGCUUCAGUGAUUUUAGGAACUUCUAUACCUGAAAUAUGUUAUAAAGACUUGGGCAUUUCCUCUACAUCGUAUAUAAAACAAUCACUAUGGUACAUUGAUGCAGAUUCUAUUGACUUACCUACCACAAUUGUACAUAAUUUCUGUUUCUUAAAAAAUCCUCAUGACGAAUUCACAAAUGAUGAUUUUUUAUUUUACAAUUCAAUAAAAUUAAAGUUAAAAGUAGCAACAUGUAAGCAUUUGAAAGUAAAUGAGGAUAUUCUACUGGGUAGAAAUUUCACAUCUAUCAAUAAUAUUAAAAUUAUGAAAAAAAGAUUUAGACCAGGAGAAGUAGUAUGUAUUGAUUUAACUGAAGAUCAUAAUUUAUACCAAAAAUGUAAGAAGAAAAUGGAUUUAAAUACAAACAUAGAAACCACAAAAAGUACAAAGAAAAGCCAACUUUUAUCUUGCUUGAAAUCAAAACAGCUUUAUAAAACCUCAAACCAAAUGAUUGAAGUAGAUAAAAAGGCUGCAACAAAUCCUUUUAAGACAGAAAGCAAAAAUUUAGAAUCUUUUGAUCUUAAUGGAUUGAACUCAAGUCUAAACAAAUGUGAUAAUUAUAAACUUAAGGAUACAUUAAUAUUAAGCAAUACUAAUGGUAUUUAUAAUGACAGUGAUAUUUCUGAGGAUAGAACACAUCAAAAUAAUGAGAUUUUUAGUAAUUCAUUUAGUGACUAUUUGAGUAAUACUUCAAUCAGCUCACAAUUUUUAAACCAUAGUGAAGGACUUUAUCCCUCAUGUUUGAGAUCGACUCCAGAAUUCAUCAGUGAGAUGCCAAAAGAUUAUGUUCCCUCAUUAUUUGAUUUUAGUUUAGAUGGAAUCGGUUCAAAUUUCUCUCCAAAACCUAUUGAAUCUAUUGACCCAUGUUUAACUCAUAAAGAUUUUCUUUUAUCUGAAAUUCGAGGUCAAGAUUCAUCUGGCUUUGAUUUUAGUGAGUUUGAUGGGAAAAAUGGUGUACCGUUGAAUUCAGAAUUUCCAUUAGAUUUUGAAUUAAACUACGAUGAUUCAAUCAAUGAAAAGAAGCUUAUCUCGCCAGCUAAGAAGAAAGAAGUGAAUACUGUUUCAAAACUUCCACAUGAAGAGAAAUGCGACUUGCCUGAAGAUUUAAAAUCAAAUAGUUUCAGAAAAUUUGAAAACGUUGAAAUAACUAGUUCUCAACAACAGGAAGAAGAAAACGUGAAUAAUUCUCAUAAAUUUGAAGCUCAAAUUUCGCCUUUGAAGAAAAAACCAGGAAGAAAAAGAAAAUCUACAAACUUCAAAGAAGAUUCAUUCAUGAAGAUACUUCCCAAGACUGAUAUUCCAACAAUUGAAGAAAAUGUUAAAAAUCAACUUGAAGCUUCUUGCAAGAGAAAUAGUGGUAACAAGAGAUCCCCUCGUUUGAGAAAUUCAAAUAGAAGUUGAUUUCCUGAACGUUAAUAAACUUCGUUCAAAACAAUGUAUGCUUAGAGUACUUUUUUACUGCAUAUUGUGUGUAAAUGGUUGGAAAUUAAAUUACUCAAAUAACUUGCCAACAAAAAUUGCCAUAGUGAUCCUAUUCAGAUUAUUUUAAGCUAGAUUAUCAAGACUACUUUUUUACCCAGAUUAUUUUUGACUAAAACUUACAUAGAAUUAUUUUUUACUCUUUUAAGAUUUAACGACUGAAAAUUUAAGUAAUAGUACUCAACCGCGGUGUGAUGUAAACAUUUUGUUAGGCUGUCCAAAUUAAAUGUAUUUUUUACAUUUGUAACGAUGUACUUAAGUAUACGAGUAUUUUAUUGAUUUUAUCGUAAAAAUAUGAUUUUAAUCAUUCUUACCAUUAUUAGUAUUUAGGAAUUUGUAAAUUCCAAUAACUUUUAUUGAUUUUAUAGUUUUAAAUUAUUUCUUAGCUCCAUAUUUGUUCUUCUGUUAUUAAAAUAAUUUAUAAAUAAGGAUUGUAAAUUGUGAAUAAUAUUAAAAAAAAAUUCAUGUAUUUAUA